AUGGUCAACUUGGAGCAGGUACAGCGCUAUGCCACUCGACUAGUCGCGGGACUUCGUGGGAUCAGCUAUGAAGGUCGGCUUCAAGCACUUGGACUCUUCUCGGUUAGCUACAGGAGACUCCGCGGGGAUUUGAUCUGUCUGCAGAAGAUUCUUCGUGGCGAUCUGGGACCGGAACCACGUGCUGUUUCCACCGCGAGACUGCAACCGGACACGUAG